CCCUCCCCUCCCUCCUCCCCCCUCCCUCUCUCAGCAGCAUCCUUGGCUGGGAGCUCCGCUGGGUGGGGUCGUGUUUUCUCUGCAGCGGCCGCCGCGCGAUGCUGCCCGCCUUUGCUGCUCCUGUCGGACGCUGCUGCUGCUGAGGAUGGCUGCGCUUGGGAGGCCCUGGCCGUGAGCAGAGGCGGCGGCCGUGCCCUCUCCGUCUUCGCCGGGCUGCCCGCUGGGCUGCCGCCGGUCGGGCCAUCCAGGAGGCCGAGAUUGCUGCGCCGAGACGGACGCCGAGAGGUGGGCUUGCAUGGACAGAUCCCGACGACCGCCCCACCCCAGUUCUCCGCCCAGACAUCGCCGCCCGUCUCGGCCGUGAGACAGUCCCGCGGACACUGACCGGCGCGCCUUGGAUUCCCGGGAAGAAUCCUGGGUGCUGCUUGCUGGCCCGAAGUCACCCGGGAAUCCUGCAGCGCUCUGCAGCCUCUCUUCGGGUUUCCGACGCUGGGGAGAGCAGGCGGGGGAAAGAUUUAUUGUCUCCCCCUUCGCAAUCAACGCGUGUCUCUGCUCUGAGACUUGCGCUCUGUGGCUUCUUUACCUACUCACUGCUGCCUCCCCACCGCCGCCCACCGCCACCAUUCUGGUUGGGGGGAAUUAAUCAACUCUCAGUCCUCCAAGGGCAGGUUUUGCGGGUGGGUUUUGUUUUUCUUAAUGCUCCUCUCCUUUAGAACUGUGCAGAUUAUUAUUAUUUUUUAAGUAAUUGAACACCCCCCCCCGCCCCAACUUUCGAAGUAGGGCCGACUCCGUGAGUGGCACACAGGACUGGAUCUGUGCAUCUCUACCCAAAACAAAACAAAAAGAAACCUUUGCAAAACGGCAUCUGUGAUGUAAAGCUGGGCCUGGAGAGUUGCAGAGUUGGUGGGCUCAUUGUCUGUGUGGAGGGUUAGGGGCAGCUGGUGCUCCAGAGUGGAGGCGGGGGAGGGGCUGGGCCAGGCCGACAAGAUGGCCUGGCCGUGCAUCACCCGGGCGUGCUGCAUCGCCCGCUUCUGGAACCAGCUGGACAAGGCAGACAUCGCGGUGCCUUUGGUCUUCACCAAGUACUCUGAGGCCACUGACAUCCCAGGGACUCAUGUGGUCCUGCAACAGCAGCAGCAGCAGCAGCAGCAGCAGCAGCCACGCCCUUCCUCUGCCAUCGAGACCCAGCCUGCUGCCCUUGGCGGUGACCUGGAUGCAGUUGCCAGGGCGACCUCCGUGGCUGUGGACCAUGCCCCCACGGCUCCUUCGGGAGGCCUCCACAAAUCCGGGCAGGCCCACACGGAAGAGUCGGUGAUGCGCCAGGACUACAAGGCCUGGAAGGUGCAGAGGCCAGAGGCCAGCUGUAAGCCCCGGAAUGAAUACCAUCCUUCGGAGACACCCUUUGGGAACAGGACCCAGUACCAGAAGGAUUUCUGUGCCUGGCCCAUCCCCAAGAGAGGAGACCACCCCUGGAUCCCGAAGGCAAUGACCAUCCCUGCCGUGGACCUGGAGAAAGGCUCCAAGGAAAGAUCAGGCAGCCAGGAGAGGAGGAGGAAGGCUCAGGUGAGCCAAGAGAAGGAGGAGCGAGGAGGGAAAGAAGAGGAGCCCAAGGCAGCCAGGCCCGAAGAAGGAAGAACCAAGAAGACCAAGAAGACCGUCCAUCUCAUUGAGGAGGGGGUCCAGCAGCAGCAGCAGCAGCAGCAGAAGCCGGCGGCGGGGUUCUCCGUGACACUGGAGGGCAGCAAAGGGAGAGCAGCGGUGGACGCUCUGAACCGGCAGAUCAAGGAGGAAGUAACGGCAAGGGUGAGCACGUCCUCCUACAGAAACGAAUUUCGACCCUGGACAGAAAGCAGACAGCCAGAAAGAGCCACCAAAGCCAAGUUCCAGUACAAACCUCCGGAAGAGAAGAUGCUUCACGAAACAAGCUACAAUGCUCAAUUCACCGCCGAGGGCGCUAAACCUGGUCCAUCAGAUAACAAAUUCCUCGAGAGAAGAAGGAUACGCAGCCUCUAUAGUGAGCCCCAUAAGGAAUCUCCAAAGGUGGAGAAGCCUAGCCCUCAGCCUUCUAAACCAAAAAAGACGACCACAAGCCAUAAACCGCUGAAAAAGGCCAAAGAUAAGCAGGUGGCGUCCAGUCGGUCCGUCAAGAAAAAGAGCGCCGAGGGCUCCAGCAGCACCAACGCCGAGGACAAGGAGAAAAGUAAAGAGAUGAACAAUAAGUUGGCCGAAGCAAAAGAGACCCCUGAUCAAGCCACAGGUGCUACAGCCGAGGAACCAGGUUCCUUAGGACAGGAGCAGCCCACGGAAGUCCAACCCCUGCCCUCCACUCCUGAGCAAGUUGCUGGGACCAGCAUGUCGGCUGCAUGAAACCCGUAAAGCCUCCUUUGAAUACAAUAAAGAAAUCCCACACUGGUGCUGCA